AGACCACGGGUGGUCAGCAGGUAUCCCCACGAGCGAGCAGGAAUUUGCACAUGUUUCAUGCCUUCAAGCUUCUGGCAGGAACACGUGUGAUCGGCCCGAAUUUAUCCUUAAAAACAGCUACAGACAUACAAUUUUACACUGUAUGUGUAUCCUUGAGUGAUGUCUUGGCCUAGUGUGACGGAUAACUCGAGGAUGAUGAAUGGAGGCUCACAUUUUGGUGGGGAUGGAGGACGAGCAGAUAACCGGCAAACAGAGCAUAAAGUGUACGCUGCAAAUAUUCCUGUCUCCAUGACACAGGAAAGUGUUGAAGCGCUGUUCUCAAAGCAUGGUCAUGUGAUCUCUGCAAGGAUUCUCCCACCCAAGCAAGGCAGGAACAGCACUGUGGCGUUUAUCGGCUAUGCCACGGAGGAGGCAGCCUUAGACGCCAUCAGUGCUCUGACAGGGUGUGAACUAGGUGGCAGGUACCCCCUAAGGGUGUCAUGGCCAGCAAACAAGAACAAGCCACAGCCGUCAGGUGGCGGUGGAGGGGGAGGAGACUGUCAUCAAUGCGGAGAAGCCGGACACUUCUCCAGAGAAUGUCCAAAUAAGGGCAAUCAAGGUUUCAGCCAGGAGCAGUCCAGGCCAAGUCCAUUUGCCAGUCAGGAACACAAUCAAACCAGUCCUUUUGCCAGAACAAUGGAUGACAACGCCCCAUCUAAGAGUAGUCCAUUUGGUGGGCCCUCAUCCAAUACACCUCAUCCAAAUCAGUUAGGCAGCAGUUUUGUCCAGCCAAACCAGAAUAAUACUUUCAUGUCUAUGCUUGGUCGGGGUGAGAGUAUGGGCCAGGCCCCACCCUCCCAGCCUGGCGGACUUCAGAACUAUAAUGCACCUCAAAGUGUAGGUUACCUACAGAGCUCCAAACAGGGCUAUGACCAGCAAGGUUUUCAGCAGGGCCAAGCUCCUGGGUAUUCUAGCCAUAUAGGCAAUGACCAGCAACACAUACCACAUCAACAGGGAAAAACUGAGGACUAUCACAAGGGUCCUUCUUACAACCAGCCUGUCUUCAAUGGCGGCUACCAGGGGCCUCAGAACCAGGGUUUCACAGGAAACCAGUACAGCCAGCAACCCCAGCAGGGAUAUAACCAGCCAUCUAAUCCAGGUUACCAGGAACCACCAACAAUGAAUGUGGGACAGAUGACACAGCAGGGUUAUCAGUCAGAUAGCCAAGGGUAUCAGCAACAGAACCAAGGGUUCCAGCAACAGAACCAAGGGUAUCAGCAACACGACCAAGGGUUCCAGCAACAGAACCAAGGGUAUCAGCAACAGAACCAAGGGUUCCAGCAACAGAACCAAGGAUACAACCAGCAACUAACUUCCAGUACCUACCAGGAACCUUCCUCUAAGGACUACUCUCAAAGUAAUGGGCCAAGUACUGAUAGCCCAUAUCAAAAGUCACCAUUUGGUUAUGGCAGCUCUGGGACCACUGGCAGGUCAGAUAGAGAUGGUGGAGGAGCAUGCCAUCGCUGUGGCCAAGAAGGGCAUUUCUCUAGGGAUUGUCCUAACCCACCUACACGCCAAGGCGGUGGUAGGGCAUGUCAUAAAUGCGGAGAGGAAGGCCAUUUUGCAAGGGAAUGUCCUAACCAGCCUUCCCAGGGCGGCGGUAGGGCAUGUCAUAAAUGCGGAGAGGAAGGCCAUUUUGCAAGGGAAUGUCCUAACCAGCCUUCCCAGGGCGGCGGUAGGGCAUGUCAUAAAUGUGGAGAGGAAGGCCAUUUUGCAAGGGAAUGUCCUAACCAGCCUUCCCAAGGAGGGUGGUGUUUAACAUGCCAUAAAUGCAGAGAGGAAGGACAUUAUGCAAGAGACUGUCCCAACCAGCCAUCACAAGGAAUGGGUGGUGGCGGAGCUUGUCAUAAAUGCGGAAAAGAGGGCCACUUUUCGAGAGAGUGCCCAAAUCAAGACAGCCAACGAAUAGGUGGUGGCAGGAAUUGUCAUAAAUGCGGACAAGAGGGUCACUUUUCCAGAGAGUGCCCAAACCAAGCCAUCCAAGGUAUAGGUGGUGGCAGGGCUUGUCAUAACUGCAGACAAGAGGGUCACUUUUCCAGAGAGUGCCCAAACCAAGCCAACCAAGGCAGUGGCACCUGUCACAAAUGUGGUGAGGUUGGACACUUUGCCAGAGAAUGUCCAACUGGUAGAGGUCAAAGUGACACAUGCCAUAAGUGUGGAGAGACUGGGCACUACUCACGCGAAUGCCCCACCUUGGGUAAUGGUGGAAUGGAUCCCAACAGACCUCCCCCAAUUACCUAUAUUCCUCCCGAGCUACCAGACAACAUUGAUCUGCUCUUCCAAGAUGCACCACACACGGGCAUCAAGUUUGACAACUAUGAGAACAUUCCAUCUAAAGUGUCAGGAGAAAACCAGCCACCAAAAAUCACUUCCUUCAAUGAGCUGCCAUUCGGGGAGCAAUUAAUGGCGAACAUUAGCCGGGCAGGUUAUCGCAGGCCUACUCCGGUACAGAAAGCAGCCUUGCCCAUUGUUAUGGCAGGGAGAGAUUUGAUGGCCUGUGCUCAAACAGGAUCAGGCAAAACGGCAGCAUAUAUGCUCCCCGUUCUCACAAGCCUGAUCAAGCAAGGGCUGAAUGCCCCUCCUCGCUCACCGCUGGCUCUUUGUGUCGCCCCCACCCGGGAACUGGCCAAACAGAUAUACAUUGAAGCACGGAAGUUCUCAGACCACACCCCAAUCAAAGUGUGUGUAUGUUACGGAGGAGUUAGCGUGCCAUAUCAGGCCUCGCAGCUUGAAAGAGGGUGCCAUUUUCUGGUGGGCACGCCUGGUCGACUCCAGGACUUUGUUUCUAGAGAACAGAUUUACUUGGGAAGUAUCCAGCAUCUGAUUCUAGAUGAGGCGGACCGCAUGCUGGACCUCGGCUUUGGCCCAGACAUCCACAAGCUUAUUGAAGAGUCCAACAUGACUGCCAAAGAGUCCAGACAAACGCUUAUGUUCAGUGCUACAUUCCCAGAUGAGAUCCAACAUCUAGCAGGAUCCUUCCUCAAGCCAGAUUACCUCUUCCUAGCCGUUGGGCGUGUCGGGGGGACUAACCUGGACAUCACCCAGCACGUGAUUACAGUGAACGGCAGCGAGAAGAGGGAUAAGCUUCAUGAGAUCUUAUCAGCGACUGGCACCGACCGCACUCUUGUCUUCGUUGAGUUAAAACGCGUAGCAGACUUUUUAGCCGCAUGGCUCUCCCAGAACAAUUUCCCUACUACCAGCAUCAGCAGCGAUCGUUGCCAAAGCGAGCGAGAGGCGGCCCUCCGAGACUUCCGCGACGGACGCGCGAAUAUCCUCGUCGCCACUUCGGUGGCUGCUCGUGGCCUUGACAUUCCGAACGUGAAGCAUGUAAUCAACUACGAUCUCCCGCAAGACAUCGAGGAGUAUGUUCACCGUGUCGGCAGGACAGGAAGGAUUGGGAACGAGGGUAAAGCCACUGCAUUUUACGAGGUCGGCCGGGAUGAUCGACUGGCGCGAAGCCUUGUCAAAGUCCUGAGCGAGGCCCUUCAGGAGGUACCCGCUUGGCUUGAAGAAGCAGCUGAGGUCGCGUUCGGCACAAGUUACGGACCAGCAGGGGGCAGAUAUGGCUCUAAGGACACCAGAGAGCGCGGCAGUGGUGGACGUGGCCAAUACCAAGGCAAUAUGCAAAGCAUCACCACAGGUAUCUCGAACUUACAGGUCAAGACAAGCCCGGCCUCGUUCCAGGCCCCAAGGCAGUACUCGCAGCCGCAGGCAGCACACGAGGAAGAUGAUGAAGACUGGAACUAGUCCCUACACCAUGCGUACCUGUACCACAGUAUACCCGCGCAGUGCUAGAAAACACGUAGCGGACCAUCGUUGAUUGUUUGAAUUGUUGCCAAAGCGUUCGGCUGUUUAUCAAACAUGGAUCGGUUUCAUGUUACACGAAAAAAGGAAGGACUGAAGAAACUACGCGAAUUUCUCCUCAAACGUUUUGCGUUGAAAUGGGUCCGGUAACCGAGCAGUUAUUUUAUUGAUAUAACUACUACGUGACUUUUACCACAUGAUAACCCAUCCACCCAAACGAGGCUGGAUUUACAAGGGCAUCCGGACCUCCCAAAACAAGGCUGGAUUCUCCUGACGUCAAGCAUGAUAACGAGGCUGGAUUUAGUGAUAUCGUGGCGUACAUUUUUCUCGGGCACGCCUGGGACAAAAGACAAAAUUCCGGGACCAACAGUUUCGGUAGUAUGUGUGAGUGGAGUUGUAGGGUAAUAUAAUGAGAUUGCCUUGUCAUUCGGGCAUGUUCUAAUGGUUUUUUGGAACAGUUUAGAAUAGUUCACGCUGAUGCAAUCCAGUAUUUUCAAAGAAUCUGAUUGACACAUGAAAUGCCUAUUUCAGAUAAAAAGAGACUUUUUACGUCCCUGUUAUUUUAAUGUGCUCAUGGAGUAUCGCAUUAAGUGAAAAAAGAUUGAGAUCCGUAUUGAUUUUAUUAAAAUUUGAUUAAAAUCG